AUGGAGUCGCACCUCUACGAGGGAAUUCAGCCUGCUGAGUUCUACGACAAGCUCGAGAACGUGCUCGCAACCCAGAAGUCUGCCUUCAAGGUCAACAUCGCUCUUGGAUACAAGCUUGUCAGCAGAACUGAUGACAGCGAGACUCGCUACUUCCAUCCGAAUAUUAGCAACACGUCUGUAUUUAGCACUCCUGUAGCUAUCAACAGCAAGGCUGAUAUUCGUAAGGUGAUCUCGGAGAUUCGCUCCAUGGAGUUGGCUGACAAGCUCAACUACCCCAGCUCCGGGUACAUGGUGAAGGGGAUUACUGGCUGCAAAUUCUAUAUCUACCAACGCGACCAUGCUCUGGGUGAUAGCGAGGCUGUCAUUCCUAAGGUGAUUCGUGAUAACAAGCACGUCAUCAACUUCCCCAAGACGAACAACAAGUGUGUCUCCCACUGCAUUGCUUAUCACAAGCAGGAGGGAGCCAAGAAGGAUCCUCGCAGAAUCCAGGCUCUGGUGAAACAAGCCUUCAAGCAGUACUGUUCGUACAAGGAGAUCACCUACACUCUGGGUCUGUUCCGCAAUUUCAAGCCUAUCGACAUUCUCCAAUUCGAUGAGCUUGAGGAGUGCUUCAAGCUGAACAUCAACGUCUUCAACAUGGAUGUUGAGACGGGCAAGGUUGAAUGCAUUCGCUGCUCGGACAAGGACUAUGAUUCGAUCAACAUCCUGUCGCACGAGAAUCACGCUCUCUACAUCACGAACGUUGAUAUGCUCCAGCAGAAGUACCAAUGCUCUACGUGUGAGAUGGUGUUUGUUAGCUCUGAUAAGCUACGCAGCCACACUAAGUACCAAUGCGAACUCGUGAACAUCGAAUCGUUCCCAGCUCAGCCAACCAUCUACCAACCCGCUCCGAACAGCAUUCGUUCCAUGCUGACUAAGUACCCCAUCAAGGAUGCUGACCAUUACAUCGAUCACUUCAUUGUCUAUGAUUUUGAGGCUAUCCUCAAGCCUACGGGUGUCAAAAACGGAGAGAAUACUAUCUUCACAAACGAACACAUUCCUGUGUCUGUUUCCGUGGCCGACAGCUUGACUGAGGAGGUGCGAUGCUUUGUCAGCGAUGACCCGAAGGAGUUGCUCAAGGAUAUGUUCCAGUACAUCAAGGAAGUUGCGGCUAAGAUUCAGCAGUACAACGUCUCGAAGUACGAGUCUUUGCUCCGCAAAAUCAUCAACGUCCAUGGUUUGACUGACGCUGAGGUUCCUGGUCUAGACUUGGGUAAGACGUACAAGAUGGAUGAUGUCAAUGCUUGGAUUCAGAACGGGGAGUUUGCUUGUUUCUUCGAUUUCCACAGCAAGCUCACAUUCGGUAAGAUCCGCUCGGAUUAUGGCAAGCUGAAGCAGUGCAUUGGUCAGGUACCAGUAUUCGGAUUCAACUCUGGACGCUACGACAUCAACCUUAUCAAGGCGGACCUGUUUGCAGUCAUCGGUACUGACAACAUCACAUCAGUCAUCAAGAACCCUAGCUACAUGUGCAUCGCCACGUCAGACAUGAAAAUGCUUGACAUUAGCUCCUAUGUUCCGGCAGGCACCAGCUAUGCAAAGUACUUGUCGACAUAUCUCGGUGAGUGCAAGUGUGAUGACAAGAUUCGAUGCGUCUGUGGCCUAGGAAAAGGCAUCUUCCCGUACGAAUACAUUACUUCAUUUGACGUACUCAGUCAGCCGGAAGUCCCUCCUAAGUCGGCGUUCGACAGUGCUCUUCGUAGCACUAGCAUCAGCGAUGAGGACUAUGUGCGGGUACAGUUCGUCUGGGAACACUAUGGCAUGAAGUCAAUCAAGGAUCUACUCAUUUGGUACAACAACCUCGAUGUAGUACCCUUCAUCAAGGCCAUCAAAGCCCAGCGAGAACUAUUCAAACGUUUCGAACUCGAUAUGUUCACUGAUGGUGUGUCGCUACCUGGUCUCUCUGAGAAAGUCAUGUAUCAGACGUGCUUCAACAACCUCCAGCAACCAAGUAAGGAGCCUGCUGAAGCGUUUGACUUUCCCGCUAGUCGCUUAAGUGGAUAUAAGACCCAGGAUGCUGAUGCCGAUCGUGAAUUCAAUAUGACGCUAGAACACCUCAACGACUUGCUAGAGCGACAAAAGUACCUGUGUGGGCUAUGCUACAAGCAACUCACAGCUGAUACUGCCUCGGCUGACCGAAUCAAUAACAAGCUCGGACGCAUCGAUGGUAGUAUCUUGAUCAGCUGUGUGGGAUGCAACGUUGCUCGCAAGAACAUGUCGCUAAAGGGCUUCCGCCACAAGAAGCUACUUGAAUUCAACUCAGACAGGUUGGUGUACAGUAUCGAUAGAGAGGAGAAGGACAUCUACACCAAGAUGAAGGCGAACAUUGCUGGUGGUCCUUCUAUCAUCUUCAACAGAUACGCGAAACGCAACGAGACCAAGAUUCGAGGGGGUAGGAUCUGCAAAAAGAUCAUCGGCUACGAUGCUAAUGCUCUGUAUUUGUGGGCUCUUGGUAAUGAGAUGCCAUGUGGACGGUUGACUACCAUCGAAGCAUACACAGGGAUCGUCGAUGAUAUUGUAAAUGACAAGAUCUUUGGCUUCCUCGAGUGUGAUAUCCGUACACCAGAGCACCUCAAACCCUACUUCAGUGAAAUGACCCCAAUUUUCAAGAACAUCCUUAUCGACUGCAGCGAUCGGAGUGUCAUCGGUCAGCACAUGUUCGAGUACAACGAGGAGCGCAAGCAAAGCCGAGCAAAGCCGGCUCGCAAACUCAUCGGGAGCUACUUUGGUGAGAAGAUCCUCAUUUAUGCACCGAUGAUGAAACUGGUUGGUAAUAGUGCGUUUGGUCGAUCUGGCAUGGACAUGAGCAAGCACAAGGAGGUCAGGUAUGAGUCGGACGAUAAGGCAAUCAAGGCCAAGAUUGAGCACUUCACCUUCCACGGAAUGGAAGAGCUGAAUUAUUCAUGUGAAUUCACUAUGAAGAAGCGAAAGCUCAACAAUAAGAACCCAAUUCAUCUAUCGAUUGCAAUCUAUCAGCUCGCUAAGCUCCGUAUGUUGCAAUUCUACUAUGAUUGCAUUGACUUCUACUUCGACCGUUCGGAAUUCCAGUACCAAGAAAUGGACACAGACUCGGCUUAUAUUGCGUCCAGCUGUGAGAAGCCAUUCGUUGAGUGUAUCAAGCCCGAGCUUCGUGAGCAUUUUCAGCAGCAUAAGUACGAGUGGUUCCCACGUGAUUAUAGCGAAGAGAUGGCUCAGUUUGAUCGCCGAACGCCAGGUUUGUUCAAGGAUGAGUGGUCUGGUGAUGCUAUGGUAUCAUUGUCCUCUAAGAACUACAUUCGCUACCUACCAGACGAAUCUUACAAGGUCAAGGUUUCAGCGAAGGGAUUCCAGCAGAGUGGUGGCCGCAAUGGCGACGUCCUCAACCCAGAUGGCUUUGAAUCGGUUGUUCGCGAUCGCAUCACGCUACAGGGCACCAACAAGGGGUUUAGACUCAGUAAGGAGACCUUAUACCAGAAGGCUAAAGAACUGGAGCCGAAGAUUACGAUGAAAAUCGUCAAGGAAUGGUACUCAAACCAGAGCGAUAUUCAGCGAUUUCAGGAGCAGAAGAAGCGAUACGAUGGUUCCGGAGGCAGCUAUGGUGACAAUAGCGACCUCAACGUCGCUGAGUUGAAAGCUAUCAUGAAGAACCUCAUCAUUCAUGAUCGUCCCCAGAAGACCCAAGCCGCUGUGGGGGCUACUGACCUCGACAAGUCGACCAAGAAGGUGGAGCCAUCUACCUAA